AUGUCUUCCCGGAAAGGAAAAGCGUAAGUUGCAUUCUGAAACCUUCUGGGUCUGUUACACUAAGAUGUUCCAGAUCGGCGCACAUCACACACGAAGAUGAUAACGCCGAGUUGAUCGAUGAGAUUAACUCGUUCCACAAUAAGGACAGACAAAUCAAGAAAGGCGCUAUCCACAAACGGAAGGUGUUCAACAGACCUGAAGAGGUUCUGAACGUUGAGGCGGAAGCUUCUGACAGCAGCGAAGAUGAUGGAUCCGACUUUGACGACGAUGAUAUCAAUGGUAACAUUCAGAGGAUUAUCUAGCGUUCGUUACAAACCGUAAUUUUUAAGAUAUCACGGACAACAAGUGGGGAAAUAAGAGAAAGGACUUCUACGGCACAGGAUAUGUGGACAAGGAUUGGGGAGGAAUGAGAGAGGAAGAACUGGCAGAUGCCGAGCUGGAAGAAGAAGAUGCGAUGACUCGGCAGAAGCAACUGGAUAAGUCAACAGCUGCUCUCGCCGAUUUUUUCGACCAUGAAGAAGCAGAAGACGACGAGGAGAAGAAGGAUACUAUUGAGGUACGGAGAAAGUAAUGAAAAUAUACUGCAAAGGUGAAUUCCAGAUAGAUACGACUCUCGAGUUCAAUGAAGUGAAUGCUAGAAAGAAGAACAAGAAGAUCGUCAAGAUUCUGGAGCAGUUCGAAGCCAGGGUUCGUUAUCUUGACCUUUUCGUUUCGCCACUCCAUUUCUUCCUCAGCACAAUAGUCUCAAGUUUGUUCUAGUACCUAUUAUCUGAUCAAUUCACUUCACUUGAUAUUUCAUUUCCACUGCCGUUCUUCUUCUUCUUCUUUCAUAGAAGUCGAGUUCCACAUAUCGUAUCGCCGCCAAGGUUAAGAUGCCUUCCUUCCCGCUUUCACUAACUGUUCUUUUCUGUUUCCACAAGCGUCGAUGGCUAGUAGAUAAGCGGGCGUCGAAUCGCGCAAUCGCCUUGUGAUUACGUCAAAAACGGGUUGUCAACGCCGUCUGAGAUGCUGGACGACGUUUUGUUUGAAACGAUCAUUUCCCGCGGACACAACACAAUCAAAACCAUUCGGAAUCAUCUUUCCAGCCGCGGUUAUGUGAACAUUAAAAUGUGGAAAUGGCAGAAAAUCCCUUGUGACGUCUGGCGAGGCUCGAUGGUUUUUGAUCAGGCAUUAGCGUCCAAUUAGUGUCAGAAUCAGCCUUAUUCUGUCCGUUUCUGUUCACCUGGCCACCUUGAAAGUCACACCAAAAGUGGGCGGGGUCUUCAGCUACAUUUUUUCUCUUCUCCAUCACACUUUUCGGUCUCAAUCUACGGAAUGCUUUCCAUUUACAAUUAACGACGGCGACUGAACUAUUAUACAGCUGUUUUCGGAGCACUCGUGACCUGCUUUUCCAUUUCUAUGAUAACAUUCUGUCUUGUGAUCUGCCGUCUCUUCACUAUCCCGGCUCACAUCAUUUCAACAGUUUUGCAACCAUCUUUUCAACUGAUUCCUUUCAGAAGCGCAUUUUCGAUCUCGUUGUAAAGCCACUUGAAAACGUAAUCAAGCAGAUUCCGAAAUGCGCAUUGCGAUCGCAGCUGGUCUACGUCGCACAGACGUACGCAUCGUGAGUCCUCCCUCCCGAUGCCGUCAUUCAAUUGCUUCUUUCUUACAGGUACCUCAUGAACACUGCCUUCCUUCUGAGUCUCCGAGCUAAACAGUUCUCGAAGGAGAAACUGGAAGAUCCGCUCAUUGAGAUUCAUCCCGUCGGUGAUGCCCUGAAACGUCUCGAAAAGGUGCCCAAACUCCCAUCUCUGAAUUUGAACUAAACAAGUUUCCAGAAAAUUGUCGAAUGCGAAGACUAUCUGCACGGCAAUGCAGAUCAUCUAGAUGAGCUCAAAAAGUGGGCAGAGUCUGGACCAGAAAAGAUGAAUGAGCUGAUUUCCAAGGUCGGAGAAGUGCAGCUGAACAAGAAAACGUUCGGUGCAGGAGUUAACAAGGUUAGUACCAAUAAUCAGUUUCAAUUGAUAUCAUGUUCACUUCCGUUCUUAUCUUUUGCUCUUUCUCGACUUUUCCAUUAUACUUUUUCAAACACGACGGACAAAAGUUCUGCUUGUAGCCUAAAAGGCUUUUCCGCCACAAUUUUGGCCAUUAAAGAAAGCAAUAACCCGUGCGUCUUCCAUCUUCUCGCAUGCAAAUUCGAAAUCGCUGGCCGCGUCUCCAAAUUGGCGGGUUCGUGCUCAUUCUUUUCGUAGUCUAUUUCACUUUGUCUUCCUGACACAAAUCCGGCGUUUUCUUCUGUGAUUCAUCCAAUUAGUUGCCACAAAACCUUCUCUUUUCUUUUUCAGAUUCAUUCGACAGCUGAAUUCAUUUCUUCUGACGCUGCCGCCUCGAAGCUGUCCUUCACCCCAAUGGACGCGGGCGAGAAGCGAAAGGCAUCUGACAAAAUCUCGAAUAACCGAGAGUACGCGGAGAGAAGAGGCAAGAAGAAGGCGAAGACGAGCAAGGUUAGCGACAAAAUUGAAAGAUCACCGUUGAUUAGCCACUUGGAUCCCUUUGGAUUUGACUUCGGUUGUUUUCAAUGCUGAGGUCGGCGCGAUUGUCGUUUUGAGUGUCAAGAUUUACGACUUAGCGCAGUGCGGUGACUUUUGAGACUGUUCUGAAAUGCGAUACCUCGUUGUAAAGAACAGAUUGCGUCCAAUGUUGACGUCCACGAUUCAUGAUUAAUGGUUGUUUUAAAGAGAGCAGUUCGCAGCGAGAUAUAGGGAUAUUUCAGACGUGCGAAUCGUGACAAUUGUAACGUGAGUACGAGAAUUGUGUGUGAAAAACGCCAAACAUGCAGUUUGUUAGUUCCAGGUCACGUGAUUCGUACUGAGAUCCAAACAUGCGAAUAUUAGUCUUGCGUGUGCACAAAAAACCAUUUUGUGUUUUCUCGGCAAGCAAAAAUUGGCUGGCGAAGGCUCCACUUAUUUUUUUAUCCGUUUAGCUUUUCCGCGUGCUCUUGAAGCCGACCAGAAUGAAUAAUCAGAGGUUUGACACCUGCUUUCCUUAGAGAAUUACUCUGGUCUCACUGAACUUGCCAACACAAACUUCUUUUUUCAUUUUCUCUCUUCCCGUCACUGGAACCUGCUUAAAAAUGCGCGUAUUCAUCAUCUUCUCUUUGCAACUUGCUCUUAUUUCGAAGAACGGAUUAAUGUUUCUGAGAUAAUGAAGGAGGAGAGAGAAAGUGAAUUUCAAAAGUCAUCGGGCGUAAUGAGUUUUCGUCUCCUUGUUUAUUCGCACCUAAAAACAGAAGCAGCUCGCCCUUUACGCGCCUAGGUUACCACUUUCAAGAGGGCGGUUUCCUCUCUUUCCUGUGUUUUGCGCAUUGUGUCGUAAAUUUCGCUGCUCAUUCGUCAAGUGCUCGUUCAUUUCAUUCUUUUUCGAAUUCCCAUUUUUCAGACGAAGAACCGCAGAAAGGUUCACGCAAUCGAGAAGCGUGUCAAGUCGCAAAUCGGAAACGUUCGUCGCGAAAUGCAGAAGUAUUCUGGAGAGACAAGUGGAAUCCGUGCUUCGACCAUCAAAUCAACCAAGCUCGUGGCCUAA